AUGGAAGAAUUCUCAGCGCUCUUAGAACUACAGCAGCUCUCCCUAGUCGCACAAGUUACACAAAAAAUUGAACAAAACAUCGGAAUAAAUAGUAAACCCUUAGCUGAAUUUGUAUUACAUUUAGCAAAAUCUUCUGCAGACCUACAAGAUUUCACCAAAAAAUUAGAAUCAAAUGGGGCAGAUUUUCCUCAGGAGUUUAUAAGGCAGCUUUUUUUGUUUAUUCAGACGAACUCAUCUGAAUCCAAAAAACUCAGAAAAAGGAGCCGGAGUAGGGAGCGCUUGUACGCUGGAAAAUUAUAUGAAGGAAAAGUAAGCAAAGUGAUGACUUAUGGGGUUAUAGUGCAAGGAGAUGGAUGGGAAGGGAUAAUUAAAGGAUCUAAAGAUCUCGAUAGAAACCAAAAAGUGCAAGUAAGGGUUAUAGAAGAAGGGGAAAACCCAGAAUUAGAGCUAGUUAGAGCUGAAAAUCUAGCAUCCAAUCCAUAUUAUGAAGGGCAAUCAGAAUAUGGAACACUAACUGGAAUUAAGCUAGAUAUAACCAACCGAGUUGCAAAGCCUAGGAUUUCUUCACCAGAACUCUGAGAAUCCAAAAUAAUGCAGGCUGCAGGAAUCCAUGACCCAAGCAUCCACCCUGAUAUCAGCACAAUUGACCAAGAAGACGAACAAGACAUAGAAGUUGAGCUUGUCCAGGACGAACCUCAUUUUCUCAAAGGGUUUUCUGCAAAGUCUGGAGGAAGCCUCGCACCUGUUAAAAUUGUUAGAAAUCCUGAUGGGAGCUUAGCAAGAAGCGCAAUGAAUCAAGGAAUUAUGGCAAAGGAAAGAAGAGAAGAACGAGAGUUUCAGCAAAAAGAAGCUCUGCAAAGCAUGCCAAGAGAUAUUAUGAAAGCCUGGGAAGACCCGACUGCAGCUCCAGAAUCCCGCACAUUAAUAAGUGCCCUAAAAACUUCAAGUGCUCCUGAUAGCAGUGACUGAAGGAGCAAAAGACCUAUAAAUUCUUCAAGAAACUCUGCCAUGAUAAAAGAACAAAGAGAGCAUCUGCCGAUUUAUCAGCUAAAAAAUGAUCUGCUUGGUGCAAUAAGCCAGCAUCGCGUUUUAAUUGUGAUAGGAGAAACAGGCAGCGGGAAAACUACACAAAUCACUCAAUAUUUGGUGGAAAAAGGAUAUACACAAAAAGGGAAGAUUGGCUGCACACAGCCAAGAAGAAUGGCAGCCAUGAGUGUAGCGAAAAGAGUUGCUGAAGAAUAUGGCUGCAAGCUUGGCACUCAAGUAGGUUACAGCAUCCGUUUUGAAGACUGCACAUCUCCAGAGACUAUCAUUAAAUAUAUGACAGAUGGCACACUUCUAAGAGAAGCUUUAGUUGACCGCAAUUUGUCAGCGUAUUCGGUAAUCAUGCUUGAUGAGGCCCAUGAGCGAAAUAUUAAUACAGAUGUACUGUUUGGGAUUCUUAAGUCUACGUUAGAAAGAAGGAAAGACUUAAGACUCAUUGUGACGAGUGCCACCUUAGAAGCUGAAAAGUUCAGUGCUUAUUUUAAUGACUGCCCAAUCUUUACUAUUGCUGGGAGAAAUUUUCCUGUGGAGAUUUACUAUACUCAAGAGCCUGAGCAUGACUAUUUAGAAGCCUCACUUGACACUGUGAUGCAGAUUCAUCUCACUGAGCCGCCUGGAGAUGUAUUGCUGUUUUUAACUGGCCAAGAGGAAAUCGAUACUGCUUGCCAAAUUUUGCACGAAAGAAUGUCACAGUUAGGGAACUCAGCUCCUCCACUUAUAAUUUUGCCUGUUUAUUCAGCUCAGCCUACAGAAAUACAAGGAAGAAUAUUUGAGCCUGCCCCUGAAGGCUCCAGAAAAUGCGUCAUUGCGACGAAUAUAGCUGAAGCAUCGCUUACUAUUGAUGGCAUUUAUUAUGUGGUUGAUCCUGGAUUUGCCAAAAUUAAAGCGUUUAACCCAAAGCUUGGCAUGGACACAUUAAUUGUAUCUCCCAUAAGUCAAAGCUCAGCCAAACAGCGAGCAGGAAGAGCAGGCAGAACAGGCCCUGGAAAGUGUUUUAGGCUUUAUACAGAAAGUGCGUUUAAAAAUGAAAUGCUUCCUUCAACUGUACCAGAAAUCCAAAGGACUAACUUAGCUAUGACGGUUCUAACACUUAAAGCAAUGGGGAUAAAUGACUUAUUCCACUUUGAUUUUAUGGACCCUCCCCCUGUGCAAACUCUUGUGUCUGCUAUGGAAACAUUAUAUGCAUUAGGAGCUUUAGAUGAUGAAGGACUUCUCACAAGACUCGGACGAAGAAUGGCUGAGUUUCCACUAGAGCCUCAGCCUGCCAAAAUGCUCCUGACUGCAGUUGAUUUAGGCUGCGCUGACGAAGUAAUCACUAUAGUCGCCAUGCUUUCAGUUCCUAAUGUCUUUUAUAGACCACGUGACAAGCAGGCCAUUGCAGACCAAAAACGUGCAAAGUUUCAUCAGCCUGAAGGCGACCAUUUAACUCUGCUCACUGUAUAUGAGUCCUGAAAGUCUCACAAGUUUUCAAACCCUUGGUGCUUCGAAAACUUUAUCCAAGCCAGAGCUAUGAAAAGAGCUCAAGACAUUCGAAACCAGCUCCUAGGCAUUAUGGAAAGAUACAACCUCCCUGUUCAGAGUGCUAAAAGUGACUAUAGCAAAGUAAGAAAAGCUAUAGCAUCAGGCUUUUUCUCUCAUGCAGCCCGAAAAGACCCAAAAGAAGGCUACAGAACUCUAAUCGACAAUCAUCAAAUUUAUAUUCACCCGUCCAGCUCAUUAUUCAAUAGAGCUCCUGAGUGGGUAGUUUAUCACGAGUUAGUGCUCACUACGAAGGAGUAUAUGAGAGAAGUAUGCUCAAUAGACCCGAAGUGGCUUGCAGACGUAGCGCCCCAUUUCUUUAAAAAAGUUGACCCUUCAGCAUUGACAAGCAGAAAGCGGGAAGAGAAGAUUGACCCUCUGUUUAAUAGAUAUGAAGAAAAGAACGCAUGGAGACUGACAAGGCGUAAAGGCUAA